CCUGCGCCUCGCACCAGGCCCGCCAUGUUUCGCGGGGCCGCUGGGCGCCCGUAGCCGAGCGCCGCGCCCUCCGCCGGCGGAGGAGGAGGACGAGGAGGCGGCGCUCGGAGCCGCCCGCGCCCCGCAGCGCCCAGCGAUGUCCGCCAAGGAGGGGAGCCGCGUGCUGCUGCUGCCGCCGCACGCCGCCGCCGAGCGCGCCGUCAAGGCUGUCCCUUUUCCACCAACGCACCGCUUGACGUCUGAAGAAGUGUUUGACACAGAUGGAAGACCAAGGGUUGACAUUUUGAAGAACCACUUAAUAAAAGAAGGUCGAGUGGAUGAAGAAAUUGCACUUAGAAUCAUCAAUGAGGGUGCUGCAAUAUUACGGAGGGAAAAAACUAUGAUAGAAGUUGAAGCUCCAAUUACAGUGUGUGGUGAUAUUCAUGGCCAGUUCUUUGAUCUAAUGAAGCUGUUUGAAGUGGGAGGAUCACCUGCUAACACAAGAUACCUCUUCCUCGGUGACUAUGUAGACAGAGGUUAUUUUAGUAUAGAGUGUGUGCUGUACUUAUGGGUCCUGAAAAUUCUCUACCCAAGCACGUUAUUUCUUUUGAGAGGCAACCAUGAAUGCAGACACCUAACAGAGUAUUUUACCUUUAAGCAAGAAUGUAAAAUAAAGUACUCGGAAAGAGUCUACGAUGCUUGUAUGGAAGCUUUUGAUUGUCUCCCUCUUGCUGCUCUUUUAAAUCAGCAGUUUCUUUGUGUUCAUGGUGGACUUUCACCAGAAAUUAAUACACUAGAUGACAUUAGGAGAGUGGCAGCCUCGGGAGCUCUGAUUUUCCAGGGCAUGAGAGAGCUUGGCACUACUGCUGGUUCCAUAUUUGAAUGGAUUCCUAUGGACCGUUAUACUCAAAUUCACCAGUUAGAUAGAUUCAAAGAGCCUCCAGCAUUUGGACCAAUGUGUGACUUAUUGUGGUCAGAUCCUUCAGAAGACUUUGGAAAUGAAAAUUCACAAGAGCAUUUCAGUCACAAUACAGUCAGAGGAUGCUCGUACUUUUAUAGCUAUCCAGCAGUUUGCGAAUUUUUGCAAAAUAAUAAUUUGUUGUCAAUCAUUAGAGCACAUGAAGCACAAGAUGCAGGUUAUAGAAUGUACAGGAAAAGUCAAACUACAGGGUUCCCGUCAUUAAUAACAAUUUUUUCAGCACCCAAUUACCUGGAUGUCUACAAUAAUAAAGCUGCUGUAUUAAAAUAUGAAAACAAUGUGAUGAAUAUUCGUCAGUUCAAUUGUUCUCCGCAUCCUUACUGGCUACCGAAUUUUAUGGAUGUUUUCACAUGGUCUUUGCCAUUUGUUGGAGAAAAAGUAACAGAAAUGUUGGUGAACGUUUUAAGCAUUUGCUCUGAUGAUGAACUGAUGACAGAGGGAGAAGAUCAAUUUGACGAGCGACUCAUAUAUGGCAAUAAAAAAGUAGGUACAGCUGCUGCUCGGAAAGAAAUUAUCAGGAACAAAAUCCGUGCAAUUGGCAAGAUGGCAAGAGUCUUCUCUGUUCUCAGGGAGGAGAGUGAAAGUGUGCUGACACUCAAGGGCUUGACUCCCACUGGAAUGUUACCUAGUGGAGUGUUGGCUGGAGGACGGCAGACCCUGCAAAGUGCCACUGUAGAGGCAAUUGAGGCUGAAAAAGCAAUACGAGGAUUCUCUCCGCAACAUAAAAUCUGCAGUUUUGAAGAAGCAAAAGGUUUGGAUAGGAUCAAUGAGAGAAUGCCACCAAGGAAAGAUGCUCUUCAGCAAGAUGGUAUUAAUACUAUAAACAACACAAAUGCCAAUGGAAAUAAUGGAACUGGCAACAACAAUGCACAGUGACCACGUCGGCUUCUGGUUUACUCACUCUUGUCUUGCCUGAGAAUUCCUAGAUUACUGCUCUUUGAUGUGACAUCCGAUGGGAUAGCUGGGGGGUUCGCUCGAAGGGACUGCUUAAGAGGAGGUGGAGAGCCCUCUGAUUUGAUCCCACUGAAGACAGACCAUCAUGCUUUUGAGACAACAACCCCUCUCUUUGCGUGGUGACCUGGCCUCCUAGGAACAUGCCUCGCCCGUUUAUGCAACGUCCACCACUGGCUUCAGAAGCUUCAGAAGAGAUCUGGGGAAAGAAUUGGGCUGUUGUCAAUAAAGCACACCUAGACUAGCAUCUUGCGCUUAUCGUUGUCGACACUUUUAAGUUUACAAAUGGGAUUUUUCUUUCAGUAGAGAUAGUUUUUGUUCAUUUGUUUUAAAUCAGACUUUCAAAUCCAACCCUAAGAACUAAUUAUUUAUUAAUGGACAUUGGUUUCAUGAAAUGUCUUUAAAACGAUAGAUUAGAAUGGUCUUAAAAUAUCUGAGGCUGCAAAAACUGUAUUUUAAAUAGACAGAAAAAAUGCCAAAAAAAAAUCUCCGUUGGUCAUUCUGUAAAAUGCUGACCUCAGGUUUACUCCUUCAAUGUUGCUAAUUCUAUAUUGUAUUCACUGUAUUUUUUAGUUACAGCUUACCGGAAGAUUUCUAUGUAGGAAUGUUUAUUACUUGAACACAGAUUUUAAAAAAAAUAUUUAAUUUAGAAACUUUUUUGCCCGCCUUUUUCAAGACUCUUCCCCACCUUGAAUUUAAAAAAAAAAAUUAUAUAUACUAAUUUUAAAAGUAAGAAAAAUAUGGAAGUGUUAGUUUUAAGGUACUUUUAAUUGAACUUUGUACAUUGUUUAAGUAAAUUCUGAUUCAUAUCAAGUCUGUAAAGCUUGGCAUUGUAUUUUGUGUAUGCAUGUUUCAUUUUGCAAAUAUUUAAUAUAUAGACCUAUGAUGUACAUCUGUAGGUUACCUAGAUGUUAUGGGUACUUUUAGUUCAUUGUGAAUAUUACGGUUGCAGAAAUAGUUACUAAUCACUGGGCUGAAUAGCUGCAAGCUUUUUAUCAUUUUUAAAUCUGUAAAGGAAACGAGCUGUGUGGGACGUACUUUCUGUUCAGGCAAAGCAGCACGUAAGCAAUGGCUCUGUUCAACUGCUAAGGCAUUAGUGAAAGUGUAAACUUGAGACUGCAUGUAUUUGGUAUCUACAGGACUGCUUGGUUAAAAUAAAAAUUGAAGCCCUGUGCUAAUUUGUUCACAAAUACUGGCCUGCACUGACUGCCACUGUACUUUGUUAUAUAUUUUGACAUUUGCUACAUGUCCUUCUCAUCCCCUGGAACACAACUUGAAACUUAGGUCACUAGAGUUCAUCUCCCUUUUUUUUUUUUUGUUUGCUAUGAAGUACAAUCUGUACAUUCCCUUCAGUUGAAAUUUUAUGCAUGUUCUGAACUAUUCAAGUAUUUUAUAAACAGUAGCACACAAUAAAUUUUGUGCAUGAGCUGCGGCUCCUACAUUGUGUAUUGGUUUUAUUUGGCACACAUAGGUCUAAUCUGACCUUGAGAAUUGUUCAGAAAUACUCUUCAAAAUUUAAGCUAUUUAAAAAAUAAACAGCCUAAAAGGUCAGAUUUAACUUGCAGAGAACUGCUUUAACGUAAAUGCUAUUUAAUUUAACUGUUAAUUGCUGCUUCUUUUUUUGCAUUUGAGUUCUCUUUCAUAAAUAAAAUACCAAGAUAUUUUCUGUCCGCUGCACUGGACAUCCAUUGUUGGUUUGUACAAGCUUGUAAGAGCAGUGUUAGUUGAUCUAGAAAGGCUGUUAAGUAUUGCUAUGCUUCAUGUGUUGGUUUGAACUAAACAUUCGGGAUGCCAGUGUGUGUUGGGGCUGCUUUUUGAGCAGAAGGGGAGGACGGACUGUUUUGACAGCCAAUAGAGAUACUCAAUUUAGUCCUUCUAGUGUAUUGUUUUUAAAGUAAGGAUGAGCUGCUGAAUGGGAUGAGCAUUAAGAUAAAAAUAACCACACUCGAAAUAGCAAACACGCUAUUGCUAAUG